AAUAGCAAAUCAGUCUUAUCGUUUGUUUUAAACUAUCACUAGUUUUGUAUUUUAUAAUUAUAGUAAUAUAAUAAUUCAUUCUUAACCAGUUUUAUUUAUUUGUCUAUGAUUUAUAUUUCCAUUGAACUCGAAUUCUAGGUAUGCGUAUAGAUUUCUUCCGACUUGGAUUUAUUUUGGAUGUGAAUGAAUUUUAGUUAUUUCAAAGUGUCUCGUUUAGUUGUAAAGGGUUUCGACUGUACGUUUUUUGUUUACUAAUGUAUAGCAAACCUAAAAGCUAUGUGGCACGAAGCUAGAAAACAAGAAAAAAAAAUUCGUGGAUUACUGGUAGAUUACCAGAGACGAGCCCAGCGACGAAAGGAUUACUAUGAAAAAAUUGUAAGUUUGUUUCAAAAAAUUAUAUCUAUAUUUUAAAAGAAACGGUUUUAAAAAACUUUUAAACAAAUUUCAGAAAGCCGAUCCAACACAGUUUUUACAAUUACACGGCCGGCAAUGUAAAAUACAUAUCGAUCCAGGCAUUGCCAUUGCUGCGAACAGCCCUGCUACUAUGUAAGAUUUUGUUAUUAAAGUUUUCAAAAAGUUAAAAAAUCAUUAUACUACUGUUUUGGUGGUCUGUUCCCAAUUUCUGGAUUUCCAAAACCACUCUUGAUUGUUUACUAUGACAAAUUGGAUUCGUAUACAAAAUUUUUUUAGUGUCUAUAGUUAAUUUAGUUUUUAUUAUUUUUAACUUAAUUAUUGUCCUAUAAUUAUAAUAGGAUGCCCUGGCAGGGUAAUGAAGAAAUAAUGAUUGAUCGAUUUGAUGCCCGAGCUCAUUUAGAUUUCAUUAGAGAACCUAAAACAGUUGAUGAAGAUGAAGCAAUGUCGUAUGAUGAACGUCAACUAAAUUAUGAGCGUUAUCGUAUUCUUGUUCAAAAUGAAUUCUUAACGAGUAUGAUAUUUGUAGUAACCAUAUUGUUAGUUAAUUUUAAUUGUUUAUUUUAAAAAUUAGUUUCUGAAAGUAAAUUUCUACAUCAACUUUUUUUGGAGGAAAAAUUUGGCCCUGUAACUAAAACAGAUGCAGAUGAUGCUAAAAAAAAAUCUGUUGCCAAUGCUGCUAUCCCAUAUAAGUAUAGUGAUGAAGAUACAAUACAGACUGAUGAUUCUAGAAAAUAUUUGGAUAUUAAGCCUACUAAAACAGAAGGUUCUGAUGAAUCUGAUGAGGAGAGUGAGGUUGACUUUGGUAUGUAUCGUUAUCUAAAUAAAUCUAUAAAUAUAAAUUUAUUCUAUUUAUUUUUGAUUUAUAGAUUUAUCAAUUGAUGUUAGCAAAAUUGGUACUGAUCAAGCAAAUGAAUUGAAUUCUACUGCACAUAGCUUUGGAAUGACUACCAAUGAUUUUUAUAGUUUUCUUAAUAAUGAUUUGGAAGAGGCUGAAAACAUUCAAUUGGCUCGUUUAGCUGAAGAAGAAAAAGCUAUGUUUGCUGUAUGUUCUUUAAAUAAUGCCUACAAAUAUGGAAUCAAAUUGUAGUUUUAAUUUCUAAAACAAUCUCUUAUCACUAACCACAAGCUAAUUUUAUAGACGUAAUUUAUUACCAAUUAUUGCCAAUUAGAUUUUUAAGUAAUUCAAUUGGUGUAAAAUUUUAAAACUACAUAAAAUCUAGUAUGUAAGUUCAGGUUUAGUUCACCAAUAACAUUACUUCUCUCAAGUGAAAUCAUAACGUAAUCUGCCUACAAACUAGGUACUAGAACAAGGCCGAAAAUAAUCGGUCUUGGAAACCUUAAAUAAUUUAGAAACAAGUAUCUUUAUUAAAAAAAAAAAAAAAAAAUAUUUAAGAAAGAAUUAAUAUCAGUGAGUACACUAUGACUAAUGGCUAUCUUGUUUGUUAAAUAAAAGUUGAAUGUUUUUAUGCUCCGUGUUGUAAUAAUUGCAUAAAUGUGUAAUCUAUUUAUGAAAUAAUUAUAUCAGCGAUACGGACAUAUCAUACAUUGUAAAACUAAAACUAGAUGAGAAAAUCCAUUUUCAGUGUGUUAUUAUCAUUUGCAAUAGAGUUAUUUAUAUUCUGUGUUAUUAUUUCGUCUGUUUUUUCCAGUAGCUAAUUAAUACUUUAAUUUAUAUUAAUGAAACAUAGAAUAUAUUCCUAUAUCUCAUUGUAAAUCCAAACUUACAAUAUAAACACCAUAUUAAUUCAAUAUUACGAUCUUUAUAAUUUUCUAAUUUUAAUGAUUUUGAGUGAAGCAAAGAAGCUAUUUUAUAAAACAUAUAAGUUUUAUUUUUUUUUUUUUUGGAAAACUUAUUCAAUCACUGAAGUACCGUGAUUUUUUCAUAUUAUACCUUAAAAAGAUUUUUCUGGUUAAAUUUUAUUUAAAAAUAAUUUGGAAGUUACCAUUACUUUCUUCUAAAUUUAUUUAUUUUUUUUUAACAAUUAGGCAAAUGUUCCAAUUUUUCAUACAAUGUCUCAGAAGACUCAUAGUUACUGCCUGAUGAUACUUAAUUUGAAAUAUUUAACAAACCCUUUUGGCAGUUCACCUAAUGGAUUCUGUUUUUUUGUAUGUGGAUUGUUGUUGAUUUAAUUUACCUUUGUAACAAGGAUAAAAACAUAACUACAACAAUACUACUACACACAUAAUCGCUUUCAUUUGUAAUAUAUUAUUGCUGCAUACAGUAUUCAAAAUUAGAUUACUCUGUGUAUCUUUUCCCAAAUACCCACCUAUAACAGUGACUUACCUGUGAACAGUAUUAACAUUUUUUUUCUUCUUUUAAUAACUAGUAUUUUAUAACUAAAGUUUAAGAACUCUUAAAAAAUUGAAUAACCAGAAUCGAAAUAUACAAAAAGUUCCAGUUCAGUUGUCAAAAAAGGGGGUGUCCAAAGAUUACAAAUGAUUUAAAUGCAUAAAAAAAUACAACAUGUUGAGUUAUAUAUAUCAAAUGACAUUUUAAUAAUAAUAUAGAAUUCACUAUUCAGUAUAGUAUUAUAUCACAGAUAUCAUAAGCAAAACAAGACCUGUAUUAAUGAUUCAGAUAUGUAAUAAUUAUACUUAAUACAGGUUAUAUUAAUACAAAAAAUAGGUACUUAAAAUAAGUUAAAUGAUAUUUAAUAUUCACAGUGAAAAUCCAAUUGCCAUUUUUCCAGUGCUAACACCUAUACAAUUUUAUUAACUGUAACUGACACAUCUUUGUGAAUAUUGAGGAGAGUUAAUCUAUUUAAUUUGUUUUCUGAAUUUGUAUUUCUUUUAAGAUUUGUUUUAAAUUGUUGAAAUUAUAAUUUUUAAUUACUUAACAAAAAGUUCAAUUGAACAUUUUUUUUUUUUAAAUAAAAACAUGUAUAUGAUUCACAUGGAGGAAGGAUCUAGAUCUUCUUUGUUAAGUCAUUGUUCUAGACUCUCCUACAAACUAUGGUUAUUAUAAGUUUUUUUUUUUUUUUUUAAUCUAUUUUCUGCUUACAUAUUAUCAUAGGAUAAUAUAAUCAUUAACUAUAUUAUUUUCAACAAUAACAUAAAUUAUACUUAUAUCUAAUUCUUUUAGGGAAGAAGAUCAAGAAGAGAACGGCGAGCUUUUCGAUUAAAAGCAUUGGAAGGCAAAGCAUUAAGUCCACUCAGGUAUGUACACUUAUUAUUUUAAUAUUAAUGAUAACAUUUGUUUUUACAUAUAUAAUGAAAUAUUUUAAAUGUAUUUAAUUUUAGUUAUGCAACCAGAAAAAGUCCUAGCUACAAUGAUUUUGAUCAACUAUCAUCAAUGAUGACAUCCCGAUCUCCUACCCCGGAAAACUCAGGCCAAGUGACCUACAUUACUAGUUUUGGAGAUGAGGAACCAGCACAGAAUGAAAAAUCUAAAACCAGCUCAAAGUAUAUCUCUUUAGUUUAUAAAUAUUAAUAUUUUAGAUUCUAAAUGGUGUGUGGAAUAUAUUAGUUUUAAGUACUAUGAUGUGUGGUUUUCUUUUUCGUGUCUGAGUAACUUUUUCUAGAAAUCUUGCUCCAGUCAAAACAAUUACAAGAUAUCUUUUUGUGAUAUUUUUUGAUUUACUGAGUAGUUUUAAUAAUAGGGAGAAAAAAAUGCAGACUACAGACAAAUUUACAGCAAAAGUAUCAUUUUAUUCAAAAUUUUAAUUUCCAUCAAAAAUCUUACUCAGAAAUUGAAUUGUAUCACCCUUUUUGAAAGAAAAUUUUGUUAAUUUUUUAUUUUUUAUUCUCCAUGUAGUAUAACUGAAAAUAACUGGAAAGUUUACAGAAAUAUCAGUUAAAUUAUUUUUUUGUAGUAAUUUGGUUAAAAAAAGAGCUUUUUAUAAGUGUGAUUAAAUUUUCAAAUUAUUAUACUGAUCCUCAAGCUUUUAAUAACAUUUGACAUGUUAGAAUUUGUUUAGUGUUUAUUUAGAUUUUAUGCGUAUAAAAUAUUUUUAGUUAAAAAUAUUGAUGAUUUUACACAAAGUUCAUCAUAAGAUAUAUUUAGUGUUAAAAAAAAUAAAUAAUUGUAAUGCACUAAUUUUUUAUCCAUAAGCAUUAUUUAAAGUACAACAUUUUGAUAAAAAUCGUAAAAGCAUAAUAUAUCUAAACAUUUUCAACCAAACUUUGCUCAAAAUCAUGUUUUGUCAAUAUUUCAUUGCUUAUAGAUAUAAAUUAAGUAACUUUGUAUAUCCUACUUUUCAAACUUCUCAUCUACAACAGUGAUAUACCUUCCAGCAGUAGGUAACAACUUUUUUUUUUUAACAUUAUUUUAACAAAUUUGAUUAUAUUACAUUUACUACCCUGUAUUCUACAAAUAUUGUAAAUAAAAUUUACAAAUUAUUUUAGUAGAUGUUAAAUUUUUAAUUUAUAGAUCAAAAAGUACUUCAAAACACCAACACAAAAGAAGACGUUAUUCUCGGUCAAAGUCGCCUGUUAGAAAAUCAAGAUCAUCUUCUAAGAGCCAUAGUCACCGUCAUAAUAGAUCAAAAAGUUGGAAUAAAUCACCAACACCAUUAAGGUUUUUUAAAUUUAUUUAAUAUAUAAUUAUUAUAACCUAUUAAUCAUUGUUAGAUAUGAAGUAAUUUGGUUUGGUUUUAUUUUGAAAUUUACAGAAAUAAUACACAGUUACCAGUUAAUCAAAAAGCUCCACCUGUUCAACGGUAAUAAUAUUUCUAAUUAUAAGUAAUUAAUAUUAAUUAUUCAUUAGUCAUUACUAAAAUAUUUAUCAGUAUUAUUAAAUUAUAACAUGUAUUAAGUAAAUAUUUGAAGGGUUUUUUUUUUGUUUUUAGAUUAAAAUUGUAGAAUUAUAAAAAAAAACUAUUAAUCAUUUACAAAAACAAAAAAAAAGCAAUUGAAAAUGUUUUAUUCCAAAAAGACCUGUUGUCUGUGGGUCUGCUAAAUAAUUUCUACUCGGCUUAAAGAAAUGUCAUCAUGUUUUAAUUUAACUUAAUUUCUAUUUUAAUUUUAACUAUUAAUUACUUAUAAAGAAAUGAAAGUAAUAAAAAAAAAAAAAAAUUAGUUAAGGAAUAGUAAAUAAACUUCUUCGUGCAAUUUUUUAUAAUGGUCCUGUUACACUAAACUCUUAAACUAUUUACUUAAAUCAUUUAUAAUUAAACAAAUAAUUAAUAACAUUAAAAAAAAUAAUUAUGUAAACAAUUUAUUUGAAACUAACCUAACUUAUUGACACAAAAGUUAUUUUUAUUGAUUAAAAUACUUAAAAAAUAUGAUAUUGAUUUAAUUUAUUUUAUUUUUUCAGAUACUAUGGUCGCAGAGGAAAUGAUUCUUCAUCAGAACUGAGUAUUUCUGAUGAUGACAGUAAAGAUAAAAGUACAAAUAGCAAUAAACUUCCGUAAGUUGAUUUGAUUUUUUUAUUCCAAUACAUAAUUUUAAAUAUUCUUUUUAUUAAUAUAUUUAUAGACUACCAGAUCUCAGCAUUACUUCUUGCAGCAAAAAAGUCAGUAGUUUGUUAAUAUAUCGCAGACUACAUUAGCAUGUUGUGAAUAAAAUAAAUCAAAACUAGGGGAUUAUGCAUUUUUAAACUAUAAAUUAAUUUAUCAUGAAUAAUCUCUUUAAUAUUAAUAUAAGUUUGAUGGUUUAGAUGUAACUGUUACAAAAUAUGUUCACAGCAGGGCUCAAGUGACAGCAAACCAACACCACAAGAAUUAAUGAAAAGAAAAAUGAAAGUUUUGCUUAAUAAACAAUGUCAGUAGUAUUAAUAGUUCACUUUUUAUCAGAAGAAGUCAAACAUAUUUUGUUCAUGAUAAUAUUCAGAAAAUUAAUACAUACAUUUAAUGGAAAUUUGUUUUUGUAAAAUAUAUGUUAUUCUUAGAUAAAGCUGAUAAAAAAGCACAAAGAGAAAGAGAAUUAAAACUUGAAAGGGAACAAAUUGAAAGAGAAGAAGAGAUUAAAGAGUUGUCAUUAAAAAUGAGAAGGAAGUAUGUAGAAUAAGUUUCAUGUUUGGUUUUACUAAUGUUUUAUAUUUUAGUCUUAUUGCAAUUAUUGUAUUUUAGGAGACGCCAGUUACGUCACCCUGAAAAUGGGACUUCAUUAUCUCGAUCUAAAUCGCGGUCAAAGUCUAGUAGUUCUAGUAGUUCAAGUUCAAGUUCUAGCUAUUCCAGGUAGAUAAUUAUUUAAUCUAUAUUUUUUAAACUAAAAAAAAAUGGCAAAAAUAAUUAAUUAUUUUAUUUUUUAAACUAAAAAAAUGCCAAAAAUAAUUAAUUAUUAUUUUAUUUUUUAGGUAUCGAAGUCGUAGACGUAGAUCUAGAUCAAGAAGUGGUGGACAUCGUAGAUCAAAGAGCUUUGAUCGACGUCGUCGGUCUAGAAGUGAUGACAGAAGAGGAAUGAGAAGGAGUGAAGAACGAGAAAGAUAUAGAAGAGAUGAAAGACGUGAUUAUGAUUAUCGAUCGCGUGGUAGCCCUGAGAGAAGAGAUAGAAGGACAUACAGAAAAGACAGUCCUAUCAGAAAAGAAAUUAAACAAAGGGAAAGUCCAUUUAGAAAAGAAAUAAAACAUAGGGAAAGUCCUGUUAGGAGAGAAGUAAAACAAAAGGAAUAUCCAGAUCGUGGUAGAAGGGAGAAUUUUGAAACUCGUCAAACUCCUAAAAUAACUUAUGAAGCAAGUCCAAAACGUUAUGUGUCAAAUACCAAAGUACAAUCAAAUUUAAAGUGAGUAAUGUAUUUAGUGAUUAAUUAUCUUAACUUCGUUCAACAUAUUUUUGAUUGGAAGUAAGGAAACUGAUUUAAACAUUAAUAAUUAUACAAUAUUAGAAUUAAUAAAAUUAGUUUUUCUUAAAAUUUACAAUGUGUAUAAAUAUGUGAUGUUCUAUGUGUAGCUAAAAUAGAUUAUUAGGUAGUUUUAUUAAACAAUUAUAGUAAUAAGAAUGACACUUUCUAAACUUGUGCUUAGAAUAUAUAACUUUUAAAGGCUGUAUUUUUUAACUGGAUUCAUAGUCAUAAUUUUGUUCAAUACAUUCAAAUCAGUAAUUAUAUGGUGCCAAAUUUUUUCGAAAAACUAAAAAUGAUAACUAUGCAUCUCUUUCACAUUGUGUCUAACAAAUAAUUUUAUUGGGUGUUUAGAUUAAAGUUAAACAACAAAUACAAUAUUAUACAGACAGUAUGUAGUAUCAAUUUACAUACAACAAUCUAAAUAUUUGUUUAAAUUCAAUUGAUUAAAAUGAUAUAUUAUAUACUGUUAAAUAAAAUAUAAAUAUGUGUAAUCUUACGAUAAUAAAUAAUCAUCGAUCCUAAUUUGUUUCAUAAAAUCAAACCGUUAAAAUUAUGUUAAUACAAAUUUAUUAUUUAAUUAUGAUUUGUUUAUUUUUUGUUUUAUACAUAAAUAAUAAUUUUUGUUUUAGGUUAAUACAUUUUUUUUUAUAAAAUAACAAUAAGUACCUAUUUUUCGUUAUUUUUAUUAAUAGUUAAAAAAUUAUUCACCAAAAUAUUUGUUUUUUUUUUUUUUUUGCAAUCCACUAAUUAUAAUAUCAUUUAUAAUAAUUUUUAUUUCCGAUUUUUUCAGGCCACUUGUUGAUUAUGAAUGAAUGCUGGAAAGAAGUUCAAAGCCUAUCGUGAUUUAAAAUAAAUCAGAAUAAUUCUACUUGUAAAAUAUUAGUAUACUUUAUUAUAUUAA